AUGAAUCCACCGUCUGCGAUACACGGAGCUAUGAAUCGCGACCGUAAGCCAUUCACUUACACCCCGGGAGGGUUAGACUUAUCAGAGAUCAAGUCGGAACGAAUGGCCAAGAGACUUAUGCGAAACGCAAUGAAUCAAGGUGUACCGGAAGUGCCAACGCACCCUGUGCAGUCGCCACCGAUGCCGUCCACACCGAUCUUAGUACCGAACUACAAUUGCUUACCGGUCCAAGUAUUUCCGACCUUUAAUUUACCGGCCAAUCCUAAAUCAUUGUUGCGAACAAGAAGCAACCCAGACACACCUAAAGAUCCGCCUGUACAACGUAUACCGCCGCCAUAUCAUUUUACAAACAAUAACAAAGAAUCAAACAUAGAAAGUUACGAGCCAGUUAGCAAGCCAACGUUUUCGUUUAUAACUACAAAUAAUAAUAGACCAACGUCUGCGUAUGAAUACGUAAACAAUCCUUAUGAGACAGUACAAACUAAUAAUGGAUGUAUUGGAUUUAAGAACCCAUAUGAACUCCCAGAAAUUAGUUAUGAUGCUGAAUAUUUAACAAGCUCGCCUAUUGUCAGUCAUGUACCUAGUAGCGAGCCCUUUAUAAAGUUUCAAAAUAAAGAAACAGAUGAAAUAAAAAAUCAAAAUGGGGAGCACGCAGAUUCGGUUCCUAAAAUAUUAACACCGGAUAUCAGUGUUGAUGCUUUAACAGAAUCAGAGAAAACAGCGGAUGCCGAAGAAACUUCAGACGAUAAGAAACAAGUCAAAUUUGUAAGCAAGACAGUUAAAAAUGAAGGAAAAAUUGAAGAACAAAAUGGUGAUCAUAAUGGUGACGUCGAAGCAGAAAUGACAGUUAAGCUACCAACUAAAAAAACAGGUGCAAAAACGGAAACUAGAGUUGAGGUGGUAAAGAAAAUUCUACCGGAUGGCACGGUACAAGAAGUGAAAACAACUACAACAAAAACUACCAUUGACGGUAAAACUGAAAUUAAAACAGAAACAGAGACAAGAACAUUGCCAAAAGAAGAGGCUGAUGAAGAAAUAGAGGAAUUUGAAGAAGAAUUGGAAGAACAAGAAAAUGCCGAUAUAGCUGUUCAAGAGGUUGAAGAAAAAUCACAAAUCGUCGAAGAACCAGAGGUGAUCACGAAGAAAAUCAUCAAAGAAAAUACUCCUGAAACCAAAGAGGAUAAUAUCAUAAAAGGUGAAGAAAAAUCAGAGACUACAACAACCACAACACGUAAAGUUGUUAUAUUACAAGCAGACAGUGAAAAUUCAAAAGAAGAUGUUGAGGAAAUGGUGGAAGAAGAAGAAGUUGAAGAAGAAGAAGUUGAAGACAGUGAACCUGUAACAGUUGUAAUUAAGAAAACUGAAUCAAUAACCCAAAAUCAUAAUACAAAAGAAGAGGAUGAAGAAGAAGAAGAAAUAGAGGACGAAGAAGUAGAAGAAGAAGAGAAGGAAGUUAUUGAAGAAAAAGUAGCUAAAGAAGAGGAGAUUGAGUCUGCAAAAGAAAAUUUGGAUGCAGAACCAGAAGACGACGACCAAAACGAAGAGAACCGCUUAGAGGAAGAAGAAGAAGUUGUAGUUAGUAGUAAAAAAAUUACUGAAGUUGAGCAAACACCCAAGAGUGAUGAUGAUGAUGAUGGUGAUGACGAAGUAUAUGAAGAAGCAGAACAAAAUGAAGUAGAAGAAGAGGUUGAGGUUAUAACUGAAACUGUAACUGCUGAGGAAAAAAAAGAAGCAGAAGAGGAAGAUGACGAUAAAAGUGAAGUAAUAGUCCAGGUUGAUGUUUUAAAGCCUUCUUCUGUAAAAUAUGACGAAGAAGAAGUAAACGAGGAAUGUAAGGAUAUAGAAACUGAAACUGCCGAAACGGUUGAAACUAAAGAAAACAAUUUUUCAGAAUCCUCAGUACGACCAUCAGAAACUAAACAAGAGACAGUAGUAGAAAUUAAAAUAGAAGAAAAAGAAGAAGCUGAGCCUGAAAAGAAAACCCAAAUACCUAUGAGAGAACCAUCAGUGCCACUCGAGAAAGUCGAAGAUGUUGAAAUUAAGCCAAUCGGACCGGCUGAAGUUAUCACCAAAACGCAUACAGAAAAAACUGAAAUUAUUACGCGCACUAGUCCUGUGCCCGGAGCCUUCAGUACACAAACUGAAUACAACAGAAUAGAAAAGAUUGAGACUGUUAACCGCACAACGAAAACAUUAGACGGUACUUGUGAAGAUCCUGUCCAAACAGAAAUACCGGUUAUUAAAACCUAUUUUCCCCCCAAUAGGGACAGAUCUCUGUCAUCUCCAAUGCCGUCCAGACCCUUCCAACAAGCUUACAACCCUGAACCAACAACUGAACGACGCCAUAGCUUGUUACUGGAAAGACUUAGCGUUGAAAGGCAAAUGCCAUCUGAAAUUUAUCAUAACCAAAAUAAUGAGCAACAGCGACAAUGGUCACAAGAACCACAAUCUGAGGUCUUGACUAUAAGUAAUGUUAAACCCAGUUCAAUAACAAAUCAACAAUGGUAUCAACAAAUAAGAGAAAAUUCUGUUUAUAAUGAUGUUACGCCUACACCCGUAUCAUCUACACCAAUUUGGAGCCAAUCGCAACCUAAGCAUCAACCUUCACCCCAACCCCAACCCCAACCUCAACCUCAGUUGCAACCUACUUAUCGACCUCAACCAACAUAUCCCACAAAUCAAACAUACACCCCACAACCAACCCAAAAAACGAUCACUCCACAAGCUACACAACAAACAUACGCCUCUCAACCUCAACAAAAAAUAUAUACUCCACAACCCAUACAGCGCCCAUAUACUCCACAACCAACUACACCAAUUUUACAAUCGCAAUACCAACCUACUUACACAGAGACUACACAAGAGAGAAGUUCAAACACUUACACAAGUUACACUCCAAAACCGACAUGGGCUAGCAGCAUUGACACUACGCCAUCAUUUAAUUUACAACAGCCGAGCCAAUAUAAUUACGUAAACACGGAAACAACAGACAAUUAUCAGAAAACCUCACAGCAAUAUUCUUCUUCUUAUGUUCCUCCUCCGUGGGAACAAGAUUCGUCUUAUUUGGCAAAUAACUCCUCUCAAAGUUACUAUCAACCACUACCCACCACUACUUUAACACCGACUGCACCUGCACAAAGUUGGAAACCGCCAGUCCCGAAGUCCAAAUUCGCUAAGCCUCCUCCUACGGCGUACAUACCACCAGCUCCUAACCAAUCUUUCGUGAAACCAGUAAACGCCGCGGAACAAUCCAAACAGUCUGGCCGAAAAACUUAUUACAGUGAAUACGAGAGACGCUACAUUAGCGUGCCCGAGUCGACAUAUAUACCCACGGAAACGAAAUUUCAGGCGCAGCCAGAUCCAUCUCCGCAGUAUUACUAUGACAAUAAUGAACAAUCUGAACCUGUUGAACAUCAGUGGCGAAAAGAAUUGAGAGAAUUCACUGAAAAAUCUCAAACACAAACUGAACAAACUAGCGUCAAGCCCCCAUGGGAGACGGAAUCUAAGUUCACGAAAACUGCGGAAUCUACAUACACAUCAACGCCCACUUGGAGUCAGACUUUGCGGCCGCGCUCAUGGCGUGAAAGGAGCUUUGAAAGGGAAUUCACUGGAUCCCAAGAGUGGCCAAAAACGAACACUCUGGGCCGUAGUAGACCUUUAAGCUCUUAUACUAAAAAUGAGCCCAUCCUAGAAAGGACUAGAGGAGUGUCAGUAGAUAGAUAUAAUCCAAAUAAUUAUCAGUCGCCAAGCAGUCUGGAACAUCCGCCGGUACAAAGUCACACCCUGAUCCCAGCGCCUCACGGAACUUAUCACAAUCCGAACGUGCCCAAUUACCAUUCUCGUGCUUCUACUGAAACAAGAGAGCAGGCAACUUACAAACAGCCGCGUACAUGGAGAGAGGCGCGCCCAACUCCGAUUCAAUCGCGCUCCUUCAAGUACCUCCAAUGGAUCACGGGCACUGAAGAUUAAUGAUUUAGCUAAUUAUGUAAUGGUUAUUAUGAGUAAAUCUUCUCAAUUGUUUUAAUGAGACGUUAAUUGUAGAUUAAUAUCGGUAUACGGAACGAGACGGAUAAUGAGAUGGUAGUAAACAUAAAAUUUCCUUCAUUUGAUCCUAAAAUUCUCUAAAGCGAAUUUGAAGAGAUAAUUUAGAAGUGAAAAUUUAAUGAGUUAACGUAAAAAAAAAAAUUAAGUCAUGAUACAAGCACAUGAUAUCGAAUGAAUGAACUCAAAGGAGGUUGAUAUUUCUAUUCUGAUUCUGUUCUAUCCGAAAGUUAAUUUUCAUUUUCAAUUAAUACAGUUUUCACGCACUUUUUGUAUACGUACUAAAAUUGACAUUGUUAUAAAUAAGUACUAAGAUGUGUCAUGUAAAGUGUUUAAGAGUUGUAAAUUUUAAUGUUGCUCUGCUGUAACAAAAUCUUUUAUUUUAGCUUCAUGAUUAUUUACUAGCACAGAAUUCAAUUAAACAUUUUCAUUGUUCUUUGAGAGAGGCGCAAUUUGCUUUCCAUAAAUUUCGAUCAUAGUUCACAGAAUUAGCCUUCUUGUCUUAUUAGUAACUUCGUUUUCUUUUAAUUAUUGUUUCCGCAUUCUGAUUUUAACAUAGAUAUACAAUUAUCAACGCUAGUCACUAUACAAUGAAUCUAGUCUUUAUUUAUUAACGCAUAUUAUUGAAAAUAAUGCAUUUUCGUUACAUUUUGAUGUUUGAACAGUUCCUAAUAAAAUGAUUCACAAUUACGUAGUUGAGUACUCUUGAAACAUUUUCUUUUUUGUAUAAAAAAGAUUAAUGUCUCAUAGUGUGUCCAAGCUAUCUGCUUUUUAACUUUUAAUUCAUUCUUAAUACACUCAACCUAGAAUAUUUGAUGUUAAUUUCAAUUUAUUAAAUUUGAUUACUGACAACGUAUAAUAAUAUUUAAGAGAUAACUCACUCAUAGUUGUCGUAACAAUGUGUUUC